AUGGCUUGUGUUGGAGGAGGAGGGGGAGGAGGAGGAGCGGUUGUUACAGGUCUGGCAAGCACAGGAGCCUUCAGAGCCCCCGCCACAGCAGCAGCGGCGGCAGCAGCAGCAAAGGAAGCAGCAUCAGGCGGCCUAUUCAACGUCGUCGAAGGCUCUCAAACCCUCGGCGACGCCGUCCGUGCUCUUGAGGAAUCAAAUGUCUUCCGCCUGGGACCCGCCGGGAUCAUCCCAGGGGGAUGCGCGUGGGGGAUUUUCCAAGUGCUCAUGUUCUCGCUCUCGCUCUCCACAGGCCUUGAACCCGCGUUGGCCCCGGCGUCGCCAUACGCGCUGGUGGUUGCGAAUGUGAAUGCGCUGGUGGCUCAGCUGCUGUUUGUGUUUCUAAGUGGAGCCGUGUUUGCGAGGCUCACACAGCCGGUGGAUCCAAGUCUCUGCUCCAAAGUCGCAUGCAUCACCCCUCCCCUGCAGCAACAGCCACAGCAGCAGCAGCAGGGUGUGAACCUGCCGGGAAGUGCAACUGUGGGAUCUGGUGGUUCCGUGCCGGCUCGCUACCCUCCCGCUGCCCGCUCGCUGUCUCGCAGCAUCAGCAGCGCCAACUUCGGAGGCAGCGCAGCCUUCGCCGCCUCAAGGGUCUUCCCAGGCGCUGCUGCUGCAGCAGGAGGAGGGGGUGGGGGGGAAGAAGGUGGAGGAGGUGGGGGGGGCGUUGCAGGGGUGGGGUGGAGAGGUGGGGCGGAAGGGGGCGGGUUUGGCACGGGUGGUGGGAUGGGGGCGGGGAGGGGGUGUGAGCGGAUGCUGCUGGUGCGGUAUGUGCUGGCGGGGCCACAGCCGUGUGAGCUGGUGGAUGUGAAGGUGGAGCUCACUCUCAAGCACAACACGCUCUCUUGUACUGGCCGCUUCUUCCGACAAGUCGACCAUCUCAAACUGGUGCGCUCAGAGGACUCCUACCAGCGCUAUGGCAUGACGGUGCGGCACCUGAUUGACGAGUCCAGCCCGCUGUACAACCGGUCUCGGGAUGACCUCUGCCUCGUCAACGCACAACUCAGCCUCGCUGUCAUUGGCAUGGAGCGUGCGUCCAUGCAGCCAGUGUUCCACGUGGAGGACUACUUUGUGGCAGACGAGGACGUUAUAUGGAAUGCAGAUUUCAAAGAUAUGGUGUACCGCGAUAACAAAAACAGACUACUAGUGGACCACAGGAAGAUCAGCAACUGGGUAGGGAUUGAGCUGUAA